CUCCGUUUCAUUUGUGCCUCCUCCCCCGGCUCUCUCUCUAUAAAUCCAAUUUCUUCUCUGUUGUCUUCCCCCAAAACAAUAACUGAAACCCUUGUAAGAAAAACCUCUUUCCCUCUUUCUUCAACCCUAACCCCAGAAAUUUCUUCAUUUUUUUUCUGUUGAUUUCUGAUAAUAACUCUAAUGGCGAAUACUUCUACUGGUGGUACUGUAACAACAGCACCGCCUCCUCUUCAAUCAAACCAAGAAGGACAACAGAGUGUUGUUGGAGGAGGGUUUACUAACUCAUCAUUAUAUGUUGGAGAUCUUGAUCAAUCGGUCUCUGAAGGUCAACUAUAUGAUAUUUUUAAUCAAGUUGCACCUGUUGUAUCUGUUAGGGUUUGUAGAGAUCAGAUGAGGAGAAUCUCUCUUGGUUAUGCUUAUAUUAACUUCAAUAACCAUCAAGAUGCUAAUACUGCAUUGGCGGCGCUAAACUUCACUCCCAUUGAUGGCAAACCUAUCAGGAUUAUGUUCUCUCAUCGUGAUCCCAGUAUACGUAAAAGUGGCCAGGCAAAUAUUUUCAUUAAGAAUUUGGACUCAUCCAUAGAUAACAAGGCGUUGUUUGAAACCUUUGCUGCCUUUGGUACUGUUCUCUCUUGCAAGGUGGCGGUUGAUAACAAUACUGGUCAGUCAAAAGGGUAUGGUUUUGUACAAUUUGAAAGAGAUGAAUCUGCACAAGAUGCGAUUAACAGUCUGAAUGGGAUGUUGCUAAAUGACAAACAAGUUUAUGUAGGGCUUUUUGUUCGUCGACAAGAAAGAGAUCUAGCAAAUGGAUCACCAAAGUUUACCAAUGUGUAUGUUAAAAAUUUGUCUGAAUCUACUACUGACGAUGAUCUUAGCAAAGCUUUUGGUACUUACGGUCAGGUCACAAGUGCAGUUAUUAUGAGGGAUGCAAGUGGGAAUUCUAGAGGUUUUGGUUUUGUCAACUUUCAGAACCCAGAUGAUGCAGCAGCUGCAGUUGAGAAACUUAAUGGAAGCACAUUUAAUGAUGACAAAGUUUGGUAUGUGGGGAGGGCGCAGAGAAAAUCUGAAAGAGAGGUUGAGCUGAAAGCCAAAUUUGAACAGGAAAGAAAUGUUGCAGCAGAAAAAUUGCAAGGAUCUAAUCUCUAUCUAAAGAAUCUGGAUGAUACGAUCAAUGAUGAAAACCUGAAGGAAUUGUUCUCUGAGUUUGGCACUAUAACAUCUUGCAAGGUCAUGCUUGAUCCACUCGGCCAGAGCAGGGGUUCAGGAUUUGUUGCCUUUUCUACCUCAGAGGAAGCUACUAAAGCUCUGAAUGAAAUGAAUGGGAAGAUCAUCGGGCGAAAACCUCUCUAUGUUGCUGUGGCUCAGCGUAAAGAUGACAGGAAGGCCAGACUUCAGGCACAAUUUUCUCAAGCUCGACCACCUGUUGUGAUGGCACCUCUGCCCCCAGGUAUUGCUGCAUACCAUCUUGGAGGACCUAGACCUCCUCAUCCUCAACAGAUGUACUUUAGUCAAGGUGGUCAUGGCCUAGUUCCACAACCCGCAGCGUAUGGCUUCCAACCCCAACUAUUGCCUGGGAUGAGGCCGGGUGUUGCCCCAAACUUUAUGAUGCCAUACCCACUCCAGCGACAAGGACAGCCUUCGCCAAGAAUGGGUGCGAGGAGAGCUGGGAACCCACAGCAGCAGAUGCAGCAACAUCAGUUGAUGCAGCGCAAUGCCAGUAGUCUUGGUUAUAGAUACGUUUCGAAUGGACGGAAUGAACCAUCUAUGGUACCUCAGGGUUUCAUGGGUCAGAUGAUGUCAUUCCCAUCUGAUGUUGCUGGCAUGCCGAUGUCUCCAGUUGAUGCACAACGACCUGGAUCAGUGCAAACACUUGCCUCGGCUUUGGCUUCUGCAGAUCCUGAGCAUCAGCACGUGAUGCUUGGAGAACAUUUAUAUCCUCUGGUUGAGCGCAUUGAGCAUGACCAGGCGGGUAAAGUCACAGGGAUGUUGUUGGAGAUGGACCAAACCGAAGUCCUACAUUUAUUGGAGGCACCUGAAGCGCUAAAGAAGAAAGUGGAAGAGGCGUUGAUUGUUCUCGGAUCUGCCCACAAGUCAGAUCCUACUCUAGAUCGGUUAGCUAGUUUAUCUUUGAACAACUGAUUUGGGUUUUGCCCUGAUCUGUUGUUGUGUUACGCGCCCAUUGAUGUGGAGUUAGUGGCUUAUUCUUUUGGGUUAUCUUUUGAUACGGAAUCGAGUGGCAUUAAUGGUUUGGGUUUAGAUAUAUGGGAUAAUGUGUCAGAUUUAUUUUUUGGGGGUGGAAGGAGGUUAAGUUAGAACUUUGACAAGAUUUUUUUUGUUUUGUUUUGUUUCGGAUGGGGUCUUUUCGUUUUGUUACUUUUGAACUUCAUCAUACUUAUGGAAGGUUUUUGAGCAUUCAGGGAUUCUUUUUCUUGUGA